CUUUCAACACUACUAUAUAACAAAUAAUUUGAGGAUAGAAGUAUGAAGGUAAUACUGUGUACUCUAGUUCUACUGUCACUACUUGUGGUGGUAACAUCUGUAGACCAGCUGCAAAUUGGAGUAAAGAAAAGAAAUCAAUGUGAAAGGAAAACUAAAAAAGGAGAUCAGUUAGCUAUGCAUUACACAGGAACACUGAAGUUGGAUGGAAGUAAAUUCGACAGUUCUCGAGACAGAGGAACACCGUUCGAGUUUACUAUUGGGGUGGGACAAGUUAUCAAGGGGUGGGACCAGGGACUAUUGAAUAUGUGUCCUGGAGAUGAACGUAAGCUAACAAUCCCUCCCCAUCUUGGCUAUGGAGACCGUGGAGCCGGCGGCAAAAUUCCAGGCGGUGCUUGGCUUGUGUUUGAUGUGGAACUUCUCGAGAUAAAGAAUGCGAAGAGAGAACUUUAGACUCCUCUGUAAACGGACAAGCAAUUUAAUGGCUCAAGAAAAUUGAAGACCAUGAAUUACUUUUCGCUUCAAAAAGAGUUAUAUCUUUAUAUUUUGCACUAUAUUUUUAUUUUGGGUAUUUUGUUUGUUCAUUUGAACAUUGGGUAACCUUGAUUAAAGUUUAUACGUUGAUCGUAUUUGAUUUAACAAUAUUUCUACCGUGGGAUAAUAUUUAUGGUUAUAUUAAUUCUUAUUUUAUUGAACGAAA